AUGGCAUACUCAGAAGAUGCAUAUCAGAGGAAGAAGGAAGGGAAGUCUUAUGGGACUGCCAUGGCUCCACUUAUGGAGGACAUUUUGCAGGAGAAAGAACAGCAGCUAAGGACAGCCUUAAAAACACUAAUUGGAAUGUCUCCUUACCAACUAGUAUAUGGAAAAGCUUGCCAUUUGCCACUGGAGUUAGAGCACAAAGCAUUUUGGGCCUUGAAACUCUUGAACUUGGACAGCAAAGCUGUUGGAGAAAGAAGGAUGUUGCAAAUUCAAGAGUUGGAAGAAUUCAGAGCUGAAGCUUAUGAGAAUGCCAAAAUUUACAAAGAAAGAGCAAAGAAGAAGCAUGACAGCAACAUAGCCCCAAGGAAAUUUGAAGAGGGACAAAAAGUAUUGCUCUACAAUUCUAGGCUGAAGCUAUUUCCAGGGAAGCUAAAAUCAAGGUGGUCUGGACCAUUCCUUGUCACCAAGGUCUCCUAA